UCGUGGGGUAUGAUUUCUGCGUGAUGACAAUAAGUCCACGAAGAUGGAAGACACUGUCUUCUAUUUUAUUCAUCUUUGAGAAGUCUUUAAACGUUAUACUGAUGUUUCUUCUCAACUUUUUACCAAGAUUUUGGACUGGUGGACAAUCGCUACAACUCAGAUACUGGCUUUAUAAAGCUGCUUUGAUGAUGUAUUCCCUGAACAAUUCUAUGAUCGCGUUGCUUGGUUCAAUCGUGGCUGCAUACAAGGUCCUGAGCGUGGAGUCGAAUGUCGAAACUCGACAUCCUGAAGUGAUAGCAGUUGUGGGUUUGAUGUUUCUUGUAACAAAUAACGGAUUCCGUUAUUUUGUCGCAGAUUUUUUCUUUUCCAAAAUAUUUGCUGACGAAUUGGAUAUAUUAGGCGGCAAUACGAUUGAAAAGAGUAUCGGUGCUCAAAAUGAAGAUGAUAAUGAGCAAAAACGUCAUAGAAUGACACCCUUUAAGUAA